AACUGUGUUCACGUUGCUAGAUUUAGGUUGCCAGAAAACGCUGCCUUAAGUAGCAAACCCACAUAAAGCUGGGUUUGCAUUGGCCUACAACUUUCCAAAGAGUUGGUUUCUCUUCAGAUCUCUUCCGCCUUCUUCAGGUUUUGCAUCCUUACACACUUGUUGUUUUUUUUGACAAACUAAGCACAGACAGGAUGAUGGAGGAUUUUUAGCUUCAGUUACUGCGCAAAAAGAUUCAGCUGCUGUUUCAAUAAGAUCCAGUGUUCACAAUGCAGACAAUCGUGGGGUUUUUGUUUGCUUUGUUUGCGCUUUGUGCAGAAAGCAAAACAUUCAUCGCAGAAGUUGGCAAGAAAGUGACUUUGCAGUGUGGGACGCCUGGCCACAAAACAAGACUGGAGUGGUAUCAAAAAAAUGAAAAGAUUUUGAUGAUUCUGGGCACAAAUGGCGUACCUUCUAAAGGCACUGCUCAGAUCAAGUCAAGAUCAAACCUAAGAGGUACAGCUCUGGAAAUCUCAUCCGUGAAAGAAACAGAUGCUGGAGAGUUCACUUGUGAAGCAGAUGGGAAGAAAUUUUCACAUGAAGUUCUUGUGAUCUCAGUCUGGGCUGAUCCAGCUCCGGAACUAACGGAGGGUAAUAAAGCUGUGCUGCGCUGUGAAGUGAAAGGUUUGGACCAAAGCACUUCGGUGAAGUGGCUGGGGCCGGAUCAAUCGACUUUCAACCAACCCACAGUUGAGCUUGAACCUGUCGCUGCCUCACAUGGAGGAAAAUGGAGUUGUUCAGUGACCAAAGGGGAAGCGUCCAUCAACGCAGGGCUGACUCUCUCCGUGAAAGCUGCUGCUCCUGUGACAACGGCCACGCCGCACAUAGUAAAGGACCAAACAGGCGACCAGAGCCAGUCAGACGGCACCCAGCGUGGGACUGACCAUCAGCCUGAUGGAGCUGGGCUGCAACUUCUGGGCCUCCAGUUGUGGAUCUGGAUUGCCCUUGGUGGCGGGUGCCUGCUUAUAGUCCUCCUGAUCAUCUUCGUCAUCAUCAUGUGCAAGAGGAACAAAAGAAGGAAGAGGACAUUUCUGAAGUCUGCCCAACAAUCACAGCUGCCCAGGACUUACUGCCAGUGCAACCACCAAACAGCUGCGGCGAAACCACAGCAAGGACGCCGGAGAGAGAAGCCAUCAGCCCUCCCGCUUCAGAGCUACUGACGAAGCGGCAUGAAAGGCAGAGAGGAGAAAGGAGAGAUGAGGAGUAACAAAAAAAUGAAAGAAAAAGAAGGAGAGAGAGAAAGUAGAUGGGGAUCGGGAGAAGGAGAGAGCAAGACAAAGACAACGCCGGGGUGAAUGUGGCUUGAAUGUAAAUGAGUUUUUGAAUGUUCUGCAUGAAAAUACGAUCAAAUGGAAAGCUGGAGGCACUUUGAGCUUUUUCAGCAGAUGUAACCACUGAACUUUCUGCACCAUCUUUCUCAGUCCUUUGUCUCAUUCCUUAAUCUCCAAGCCCCAACCCUCACACCCACCUCAGUGUCUUGUCUGAGGCAUUAAGAUAUCUUUUUGUUGCGUUUUAUGAUGUUCGGUUCUCCUUUUUCUGACCACUUGUACCACCCUUCCUGUCUGUGAAGGACUGCAAUGCUUGCUUUUCAUUUCCCCUUUUUUUUUUGCUAGAUUUAAGCAACAACUUCACAUCUUGCCAUAAACCUUUGUGUAUUUGAUGUUUGCCAAUGCUACAUAUUUGUUAGUAAAUAAAAAUAUCAA